AUGUAUUUCAAGAAAUGCCUAUUUGUUUUCUCAACACUUAUAAUCUGUGCUUCGGCUGCACACUUCCUUGAACAAGAAUGGAACUUGUGGAAAUCCAAAUAUGGAAAACAAUAUGACACAGAAGAAAUUGAGUUGUAUCGUCUAGAAGCAUGGUUAGCCACGAGGGAUCUGGUGCAGAAACACAACCAGCUGGCAGAACUAGGUCUUAAAAACUACACUUUGGCAAUGAAUCAGUUUGCAGAUCUGACCCCAGAAGAACGGGCUUCCCACAUCAGUCUUGGCUUGAAAGGAAAAGUUUCAGAACCUCGCUUUUUCCAGAAUCGUCAUGGAAAUUUGCCCAUUAUUCCAAAGAGAUUUGACUGGAGAAAAACAAAAUGUGUGACUCCAGUUAAAAGUCAAGGCGAAUGCGGCUCAUGUUGGGCAUUUGCGACGGUGGGCCUUAUUGAAACCCGUUACUGCCUUGAUAAGGGUAAGCAACUCCUAUUCAGUGAGCAGCAGCUUGUGGAUUGCGAUAAAUCAAAUUAUGGUUGUGAUGGUGGACUUCCAAUUAAUGCUCUGGAAUAUGUUUCCAAAAAUGGUAUUAUGAAGAGUGAUGACUACAAAUAUGAAGAACAGCAAUCUAAGUGCUUAUUUAAUUCAAAUAAUGCAAUAAAGAUGAGAGCAACCAAAUUCUAUUAUCUGAGUGGAGAAGAAGAUUUGGCAAAAUCCGUGGCAACUAAUGGACCUGUUACUGCUGGAAUUGGCGUUAAUGAUGAAUUUAUGCUGUAUGAAAAGGGAAUAUAUGAUGGAAGCUGUGCUGGAGGACCAAAUCAUGCAAUCAUCAUUGAGGGAUAUGGACGCAACUACUGGAUAGUUAGGAAUAGCUGGGGUGAAGAAUGGGGAGAAGGUGGCUAUGUGAGAAUGAAGAGAAAUGUUAACCAGUGCAGUAUAGCUGUCAUGCCAGCGACUAUGGAAUUCACAUUCCUUUAAAGAACAUCUCAAACAGCAACACAAAUUGCAGUGGCUGAGAAAGAAGAAUAUCCCUCUCGAUGAAUUGACUUUUGUUUUAUCAAAUUCUUUGAUGCUUUGCAAUUUUGACUUGCGUUCAGUUCAUUUAAGACUGAGAAAUGUUAUUAUGGCUUACCAUUUGUUCUAAUUAAUAAAAGAAAAUUGAUCAAACGUA